AAAAAAAAUCGUAGAGAAAUAUUUAUCGCUUUACAUUUAAUUGUAUGUUGUGGCAAAACGUAUCAAAAACAUGACAACACAACGGUGGGAGAAAUUGUCACCGACCGAGUUUCAGCAAUUACAGGACUUGGCAUCAUAUUCAACGCGAAAACUACAAGAUGUCCUGAAUGAAUUUUGCGCGCCAACAUCUUCGCAUAAAUUCAAUCCAGAUGGGGAAAUUGAUUACGAGAGUUUUCGUCGCUUCCUCGAUGCCUUUCUCGACUAUGAGACGCCGGAGGAUUUGUCCAAACACCUUUUCAUAUCAUUCCUCAGUCCGCAGAUCACACAACUGGAACAACAAGGUAAAAUUUUCAACCAAAUGGCUGCAAUUAGCACUCAAGCUGCUUGUGCACCAGUAACAUCGCAUAGUAGAGGAUCAAUACCUAACCUCAAUAGUCUAGUUGACGUUGUUCCGCCGCCAUUGAGCUCCCUAAGUGAACCGAGACAGAGCUUUGUAGAUAAAAUUUCGCACGGUCUCACAGAUACACUCCAAUCACUUAGUAGCCAUUUAGGGCAUGAAUCUGGCGAAAAUAAACAAGGAAAAUCGGGAACAGUUCAUCCCAUGGUCACUGUUACCCCAUCUCCGAUGGCAGGACCAGCAAUUCUUCAGCCUGGAUGUCGUCGAUCUGCAGAUUCGAGUCCCUCGCAUUCACAUUCUCAUUCGCAUUCGCAAAUGUCGAGGAAUUCGUCGCGGAAGAGCAAUAACUCGGUGAAUUGUAAAAUUGAUGAUUCGAAACUACUUCCACGGAAAUUUUCGUACUUGGAUCCGUUAACGUUGAAAGUAUCGCUGAAGGAUGUUGUCUGUUAUUUAUCGUUAUUGGAAGCAGGUCGACCCGAAGAUAAGUUGGAAUUCAUGUUCCGGUUAUACGACACGGAUGGCAACGGGGUACUUGAUACGACAGAAACGGAUGCAAUUGUCAACCAGAUGAUGUCAGUGGCAGAAUAUUUGGGAUGGGAUGUAUCGGAAUUGAGACCGAUAUUACAAGACAUGAUGACAGAAAUAGAUUAUGACGGUGAUGGUUGUGUAAGCUUAGAUGAAUGGCAGCGGGGUGGCUUAACAACCAUUCCUCUUCUCGUGUUAUUGGGUGUCGACAACACGUUAAAGGAGGAAGGUAUUCACGUAUGGCGAUUAAAGCACUUUAAAAAGCCCGCAUAUUGUAAUAUGUGCUUGAACAUGCUUGUUGGAUUAGGCAAAAAGGGUCUCUGUUGUGUUCUUUGCAAAUACACCGUGCACGAGCGCUGCGUUCAACGUUGCAUGGCCUCGUGCAUCACGACGUAUUCGAAGAAGAAGACAAAAGGUACGCCGACGUUUCAGCAUCACUGGACAGAGGGUAAUUGUUAUGGUCGUUGUUCAAAGUGCCGUAAACGAAUAAAGGCAUAUCACGGGAUAACCGGAUUAACAUGUCGUUGGUGCAGAAUGACGCUACACAAUCGGUGCGCAUCAACGGUGAAAGCUGAGUGUACUUUGGGUGCAUUUGCCAACUUAAUAUUGCCGCCAACGGCAAUUUGUCCCACAGUUUUGGAUCGUCAACGUUCCGUCGGCAAUGCAUCAAUACGGAGCAAAGUAAAUUUUUCAUUUUUUGAAUUUUCAUUCUUUAAUUUUUUUUCUUUUCGUCAAAAACAGAGCAGCAAUGCGCCUCAAGCGAUGCAUUUUCAAAUUACGCCGCCGCCAAACAGCAGUCCCUUGUUGGUUUUUGUCAAUCCCAAAUCCGGCGGUCGGCAAGGCGAUCGAAUUUUGCGAAAAUUUCAAUAUUUACUCAAUCCGAGGCAAGUUUACGAUUUGUCGAAGGGCGGUCCGCUCGAAGGUCUCAACAUGUUUAAGGAUGUGCCGAAUUUCAAGGUAAUUUGUUGCGGCGGCGACGGCACCGUUGGAUGGAUACUCGAGACAAUGGAUACAAUUGAAAUGGCAUCGCAACCGGCAAUCGGUGUAAUUCCAUUGGGAACAGGCAACGAUUUGGCACGUUGUUUGCGUUGGGGCGGCGGAUACGAAGGCGAGAGCAUACCAAAGCUUCUGGAGAAAAUUACACGAGCGAGCACCGUUAUGAUGGACCGCUGGAGCAUAGAAGUGAAGAAUAAUCCGCAACAAGAUCAACCGCCACACCCCAAACCAAAAACUAUUUCGGAUUUUACUGUGCCGUAUAAUAUCAUUAAUAAUUAUUUUUCUGUUGGAGUGGACGCUGCUAUUUGUGUAAAAUUCCAUCUGGAACGUGAAAAAAAUCCCCACAAAUUUAACAGCAGAAUGAAGAAUAAAUUAUGGUACUUUGAGUACGCCACAUCAGAAACAUUUGCUGCAUCAUGCAAAAAUUUACAUGAAUUUUUAGAGAUUGAGUGCGACGGCGUUUCGCUUGACAUGGCAAACGGUCCUCAGUUGCAAGGCAUUGCGCUGCUUAACAUUCCCUACACUCACGGAGGCUCCAAUCUCUGGGGUGAGCAUUUAUCGCAUAAACGUCUCCGAAAAGGACCUUUUAAGAAGGUGAAAAAGUUGCGAGGAUCGGAUAAGGAAUUGUCGGCAACGAGUUUUAAUUCUGUGGAUUUAUCAAUUGCUAUUCAAGACAUCGGCGACAAUCGCAUCGAAGUCAUAGGCCUCGAAAACUGCUUACACAUGGGUCAAGUGAGAACAGGCCUUCGAGCAUCAGGACGUCGUUUAGCGCAAUGUAGCGAAAUAAAAAUAACAACGAAGAAGACAUUUCCCAUGCAAAUUGACGGAGAACCUUGGAUGCAAGGACCGUGCACUAUCCACAUUACUCACAAAAAUCAAGUUCCUAUGUUGAUUGCCCCGCGUUCCGAGAAAGGAAAGGGAUUCUUUAGUUUCCUAAAAAGAUGACUAGGACGGAACAAGAGUUAUUCCGACGACGUUCCUAACGAAUAAUUCUUGCGCGAAAACUAUCAGUCAUCAACUUUUUAUGACAAAAAGAGGCCAAAU